CGGGGUAAAGCGGAGCGGGCUUUCUGCCGGCUCCAAGAUGGCGGCGGCGCUGAUGCGGCGGGUGGCAGCGGUGCGCGGGGCAUUGUGGGGCGGCCGCAGGAAGCAGGAGGCCGAGGCCAACGCCGCCACCCCCGAGGACGCGGAGCCCGACCUGGCGUGCCCGCCGCCGCGCAGCAGGCAGUACGUGCCCCCCGAGAACCUGUCCCGUCUCCUGAAGGCCCGCGUGCGGGCCCUGGCGGGGCCUGCGCUGGCUGCUGACUGGCAGCACACCCCCCUCGGGGACCUCGGGCUCAGGUACAACCUCCUAGCGCAGCUAGCUGCCGAGUUGGGCCACGCUGUCCCCAACUCACAACUCCACCAGAUGCGCACGGCCCAGGACGUCUUGGACUUCUACAGCAUCCCUGUCAAGGACGGAUCGAAAUUUGAUGAGCUGUGCGCAGGGGAGCUGCCGCCGAACCUCAAGAUCACUUGGGAGUAUUGAGCCCUACCAGCAGGGAGCAGCGCUGACUGGCCUGACGUCAGGGGAGACUUGUGUGGCAGGGGCAAGGCAGCAAUGACCUUAGCGUACACUGGCUCUGUCAGAAGUUGGCUUUUAUGACUUCAUUUUUAGAGGGUGCUGACGCUUCAUUAUGCAACAGUUUUGUUGUAAUAAAAUUACUAACAGGAGGGACUAACUUCAGCGUUUUCUUUCCUCGUGUCCCCAUAAAUGUCAUUUGGCAGGAUCCACAUUGCAUAGUGGCUCUGUGCUCCUCACAGCUGAGGCGAGGUCCAACAUGCUCCUCGACAGCGAGGGCAGCGUUUCUGACGGUUACAUAAUUUUAAUCACUUGCACCACGGCCAGCAGAUGCUGGAAGUGGGGUAAGGAAAGUCUUAUUCUGCUCUCUUCCUGGUCAGCCUUCUCUGGAUGGGGAUGCAGAUGUGUGUGCUGCCAGGAUUAAUACAUUUCAAAGUGACUGUACUACCUUUGAAAUGUAGUUGGGUUGCCCCUAAAAACAGGUUUUGUGAGUAAUACAAGACACUGACUGAAUUUUUCCUGGCCAGUGUAUAGUCGAUUUCAACAGCCAUGGCC